UGGCGCGCGCUGGGCCAGUGGACACAGCUCGUCCUGGACCUUACAAACGACGCGGACGCCUGUCGUGUAGCUAAGAAGAGAGGAGCUCGUGCAGGGCACCGUCUGCACAGGUACCUCGCCACGUGCGGCGUGCACGCGCGUCUGAGCGGAGGAGCUGUGAGGAAUGGUCAACAUGGUUUUCGCUGUCCGGCUGUGGCUGAUUCUGGGUUUAAUCAGCGUCACUCACGGUCAUUGCUGUGGCCAGGAGACGCUCAGGACAUCCAGUCAUUUGAACUGACCAGUUCUGUUGGCCCAAAGCGAAAUCCCAGCCAGUACAGAAACACAAAGACCCUGCUGAGUAAAGACGCCGAGGCUCAUCAGACUCAUCAAAGACCCAGACGCUGUACAUGCUUCUCUUACAAGGACAAGGAGUGCGUCUACUACUGUCACCUGGACAUCAUCUGGAUCAAUACUCCAGAGCGGACUGUUCCUUACGGCAUGUCCAGCUAUCGCGGCUCUCAGCGGGUCAGGCGCUCCAGUGGUGUGGUCAGCACAGAACGCCAGCGCUGCAGCUGUACAGACUGUAAAGACGCACAGUGUCAUAAGUUCUGUACAACAAGACGUGUUCACCAAAGGAAUCAUUCUGGUCUCAAGACAGACAGAGCCUCAUCAGAUGCACUGUUAACAAAAUGAAGCUUCUGGUCUUCCUUCCACUGUGAACUCUCAUCACCUCUGAGAUCGCCGGACUGACUGGCCUACAAGGCUCAUCUGGCCUUUCCCACAGCUGAAUGUGAGGUCAGCUCUCUGAAAAUGAACGAUUGUGGAGGAUGUCCACUCUGAAGUGAAGACCUGAACACUGAAUGUAACUCCCGGGUGAUCUGUGGACUGACAUUGGGCUGAAUUAUGUCGGAAAGGAAGUGGCCCCCAAAAUCCACAGAUGUUUGUUUCAUCAUCCUGAGCUCCAGUCCUCAUGGAGGAGAUUUUGGAAUGUUUUUAUCACUUAAUCCACAUACCAAAACCAGUUUUAUGGGCAGUAGACGCUACCUGAAAACAAACGCACUAAAGGGUGAAGACUACUGCAUGUGGGUGAAAUGGUGGACGUCAAACAUCUUGGAGGAAACUAUAAUUUGUACAAAAAUGUAUAACAUACAUUAACUUCAGUGCCCCCCCCCCUCCCCCCGUCAUGUUUUUGAAACACCUCUGCUCAAAAGAGAAGACCAUGUGCAUCAAAUCUUGUGUUAUAAUCCUUGUAUACUUGUAAUCUUUGUAUAUCUUUUGUAUCUAAUAAUGAUACCGACAAAAAACCCGUAAAAGAACAAUAGCAUUUAAAAUAAGUUUUUAUAACUUAUAUUUUCAUCCCAGCUUCAUUUUAGUUAUCUUUUUUUUUUAUCUGUUCAUUUUCGUGGUUUAAUACCUGGAGAAACCCUGAUAGCUGUACUAGAAACUAGUUUUAAAGAUAUUUUAACUAUUUUAACUAUUAGCAUUUCUGUUAAUAUCCACAUUUUAUUGUCCAUUGAACAUUUUGUUGCUUUCCUAACCGAAACGUUUGUCUCCAAAAGGGUAACUUUACAGGAGAAGACAAACGCACUCUUAAUGUUUAAUGUGAGUCAGUGUAAAAAAGAUUAUAUCCCAAAUUAUUUCGAACUGAUUCUAUUGAUCCGUUUAUUAUGAAAUGUUGACAUAAUGUAAUGCUGUGACAUAAAAAUCAUUCAAAAUUAUUUAAAAUUGAAAAACGCAAAUAUUAAAGAUGACAAAAAUGAAAGAAAAAUGGAAAUACAUGGUUUUGAUGUGACAUGCAGGCUCACGGUCAUGAUCCCGUAACACCGUCAUGCGUUACAAGGACAUAAGGUUAAGUACAUAGCCACUAGCACAUGUGUAUUAAUAUAAAUACAUAACGACUGUGUUGUGAUGAUCUACAUAACACUUUCUGCCCUUUUGUGUCUGAUAGAACUUCAGUGUAGCCUUGUUUUCUGAAUUGUUCUCUAAAAUGCACCUGAAUCAAAAUUGCUAUGAAGUACUUUUUCUCAUUUAAAAAUUGCCUUCCUUUAAAAAAGUAAAUUGUCUCCAAAGAAUAUUUUAAAAUUUGUUUUGAACAUUUAUUAUUAAAAGAUUUCAGUCAAAGUGAGACAAGCUACUAGUGGCAGAUACAGUAACAAACUUAUAACUAAGUAAUAGAACCCAGAGGGAUUCUUUAAUAACGUGUGAAGGACGUUUUCCUGAGUCUGACGUCAUUUUAAAGCAGUUAAAAACACAAUCACUGCUCACUGCUGCUCAUCUCACUCUGACUGGACUCGCGUGAUGCUGGUUGUCAUGGUAACAACAGAUUUUCCAGCAGAUUGUUGAGUAGAGUGAGUAUAAACACCUCAGUCUAAAUCUAGAUCUUUGCAUGUAAACACAGACAGUGUGAAUCAAAUGUAAACGUAAGUCAUCAUGUGUCUGACUUUAUAAUGAGUUAAUGUAAAUGGUAAGUAUAGCAAAGCAACAGUAGACCUCAGCGUUCAUGUGAAGCUUCAGGGUAAUUUGACCUGUAUAAUGUUUUGUGAGCAUGCGUCUUGUUUCACUUCCCUCUUUGAAGGCGGACUGUUCCUUACGGCAUGUCCAGCUAUCGCGGCUCAAACAGUAACAAACUUAUACAUCAUUUAAGCAGUAGAACUCAGAGGGCGUGAGUGAUCGUGAAAUACCAUCCCGGCUGUGAUCUGGUGUCCGUAGAUCAUCUCAGCCGUGAUGUUAUUGGUGAUAACUCCCUCCUCGAGUGCUCUACUGCUUUAAUAC